AUGACCACUAUAUUCUUUGGAGUCACUCUAAUCAAUAUGGUGGUAAAGACUUUAACCUGCUCUUUCUCGGAGUACAAGAUUUAUCCUGGACACGGAGGCAUGUACAUCCGCAAGGACGGACAGCCCGUGCACUUCCUCAAUCACAAGUGCUGCUCCCUGGGUUCCCAGAAGAAGAAGCCUGCUCGUAUUCGAUGGACUACUGCCUGGAGACGUAACAACAAGAAGAUCGAGGCUGCUGAGAAGAGCAAGCGCCGAAGCAAGAAGUCGUUCAAGGUUCAGAAGGCUAUCUGCGGCAUGAACCAGGAGAUUGCCAAGAAGUCGCGUGAGGCCAUUCUUGCUGAGAUCAAGAACCGUCGUGCGAAGAAGGCUUCUCACAAGUAAAAGGUGAUUCUGCUGCGAUUAGGGUACUUGUGAAAAGAAUGAAUGAA